AUGGUGACGGAAGAUCCAGUCUUGACUCAGCCAGAAUCUAGUGUGCCGUAUGUUAUUUACAAUGAUGCAUCUCUAAAUGGUUUGAAAAGAAGAGAUAUAGAAUUUACUGUUGGUGAUCGGGUAUUCUUAAAAGUCUUUCAGUGGAAGAAGGUGUUACGGUUCGAUAGGAAAGGGAAGCUGAGUCCGAGAUUUAUCGGAUCGUAUGAAAUUGUUGAAAGAAUUGACCUUGUAGCUUAUCGAUUAGCUUUUCCUCCUAAACUUGAGAAAAUUCAUAAUGUGUUCCACGUAUUGAUGCUGAGACGGUACAGAUCUGAUCCUGCACAUGUGAUUCCUCAUAGUCAAAUUAAGCUACAACCAAAUAUGAUGUAUUCGGAAGAACCGGUGAGAAUUUUAACUCGAGAGGUUAAAGAAUUGCGAAAUAAACGAGUACCGUUAGUAAAAGUCUUGUGGCACCGACAUGGUUCUGAAGAAGCUACAUGGGAAACUGUAGAAUCAAUGAAAGUGCAAUAUCCGAAUCUAUUCUCAGAUAACAAAUUUUGA